UUACAUCGUAGCGAACGACUCCGUUGUUAUCUCUCAUAAACAACUGUGUUCAAGGCUGAAUUUAAGUAACAAUCGUUACCAUUUCGUCAGAAACAUGAAUGGUGGAAGUAAAAACAAUAUUUACAUUUUAAAUAGGAACAUAAUCAGAAGCAAUGUCUGUUUUAAGCAAUGUUAUUGAUGAUCAUCAGAUGAAAAUAAUAAAAAAUGAAUUUAUUAGACUUGAAGAUAAAUGUUAUUUAGAAAAUGCAGGGACAGCUCUAUACCCACAAAAGCUAUUAAACAAAAUAAAUGAUGAUCUACUUAAAAAUGUGUAUAUGAACCCUCACUCUGACAAAUAUACCAGAGACUGUAUAGAACAAAUAAGAUGUAUGGUUUUACAACAUUUUAAUACAGACAAUUCAAACUACACUGUGGUAUUUACAUCUGGUACAACACAAUCGCUAAAACUUGUUUUAGAAACUUUCCAAUUUCAUAAUAAUAAUGAUGAUAACUCAAUAGGGUCUUUUAUUUAUCUUAGAGAUAACCAUACUUCUGUUAUUGGCCUAAGAGAAUUAGCUGAAAAUAAAAAUGUUGAUGUUGUUCAUAUAUCUCAUGAAGAAUUUCUAUCAUCUUUAAAAAUACCUCAACCCUCAAAUGAUUUGCAAGAAAGAAACAAGAAUAAAAGCAAUACUUUGCUAGUGUAUCCAGCACAAAGUAAUUUUAAUGGGUUUAAGUAUCCUAUAGAUUGUAUGGGCAACAUAAAAAAUGGAUGUCUAAGAGGUUAUCUAAAGAAACAAUUAUGUGAUGUUAAUUGUAAUUGGUACAUAUUAUUAGAUGCUGCAUCUUUGACAUCUACAAAUAAACUAGACUUGUCCGUCACACAACCAGAUUUUGUAUGUUUAUCUUUUUAUAAAAUAUUUGGCUUUCCUACUGGAUUGGGUGCAUUAUUAGUGAAAAAUAAUAGCGCAGAUGUACUUAAUCAAAAAAAGUAUUUUGGUGGAGGAACAGUGGACAUUGUUUUGAGUGGUGAGGAUUACCAUGUGAAAAGAAGUGCUCUUCAUGAAAGACUUGAAGAUGGAACUCAGGCAUUUUUGUCCAUAAUUGCCUUAAAGCAUUGCUUUGAUGUAAUUUCUCUUCUGAUACCUAAAAUUGUUAAUAACAAUAUCAUGGACACAAUAUCUUACCACACAUAUUAUUUAGCCAAAGAUUUAUACGAACAAUUACAGAAUCUAAAACAUGACAAUGGUGCUAAUGCAGCUGUUUUAUAUAUGGAUUCAGAUUUUACGGACAUAAAGACACAAGGAGGGAUUGUAACAUUUAAUUUAUUAAGGAAAAAUGGAUCUUACAUUGGAUAUGUUGAGUUUCAACAUAUGGCAGAUUUAUUUAACAUUAGCAUCAGAACAGGAUGUUUUUGCAAUUCAGGAUCUUGUCAAAGGCAUUUGAUAAUAUCUAAUAAAGAAAUGAAGGCCAUGCAUAAAGCUGGUCACAAAUGUGGAGAUGAAAUAGAUUUAAUAGAUGGAAAACCAACCGGUGCAAUAAGAGUUUCAUUUGGUUACUAUAAUACAUAUGAUGAUGUAGAUAAGUUAAUCUUAAUGAUAAGCAAAUGUUUUCUUAGAAAACAAAUCCAAAAACCAAAACGCAUAAUGAUGAAUUUUAACAAAAAUGUAACACAAAUAACCAAUGGAAUAUCAUCAAAUGAACAGAUCCUGAAAUCCUUGGUAUUAAAACAAAGAAAUUUCAGCAAUGGCAAUGAAAUAGACUAUUAUAACAAUGAUUACAAAAUGACUUUAGUUGAAAUUAACAUUUUUCCAAUUAAAUCAUGUGGUGCUUUUAAAAUAAAAUCAGGCUGGAAAAUUGGUACAAAAGGGUUAGAAUUUGAUAGAGAAUGGAUGAUUGUAAGGGACAAUGGCAUUUGUCUUACACAAAAACAAAACACAUUAAUGUGUAAAAUUCAACCAUUUAUAGACCUUAAGAAUAGAUGUCUCACACUGAACUUUGAUGGUCAACAGCCCAUUUCGAUAUCUUUAGACCCAGCAAUAUCUAGUACUUAUACAGAAACACAAGUUUGUCAAAGUAAAGUUUGUACUGACAUCAUAAAAGGGUAUGAUUGUGGAGAUGAAGUAGCUGAUUGGAUAUCAAAUGCUUUAGGCAUUUCGUUCUUAAGAUUAAUAAGGCAGUCAUCUGACAGAUUGCUGAAAAAGAAAGCUAGUGAAGAACAAAAAUUACUCUCCCUAAGCAAUCAAGCUCAAUUUCUUCUAAUUAAUAAAGCAACCGUUAGAUGGUUGAGAGAUAAAAUAACAGAUGAAUUAUUUUCUGAUGACAUAAAUUCAUUAGUUGAUCGAUUUCGAGGGAAUCUGAUUAUUGAUUCAAAAAAAGAACUUAUAGAAAGAGAUUGGCAAAAAGUAAUAAUUGGAAAACACGAGUUUAAGGUAGAAGGGCAAUGUUCUCGUUGCCAAAUGGUCUGCAUUGAUCAAAGAACAGGCGAGAAAACUGUUGAGCCAUUGAGAACAAUAUCGCAAGAGUUUGGUGGAAAACUACGUUUUGGUAUAUACUUAAGCUAUAUUGGACCAAUAUAUAAAUGUAACGAUCGCAUGCUAAAAACAUAUUCAGAAGUUAAUACUUAAGUUUUGGGGAUUUUGUAAUUACUAUAGUAUUUGUAAAGUUAAUGUUUUUGCCUGUAAAUGAAUUAAAUAAAAGCAGUAUUACUUAUAUUAGUUACUAAGACCACACUUUUAUAAAAAAUUUGCUUU